AUGGCUAUUGAGACAGGGACACCAACACCAGUUGCACGCAUUGAGAAAAGAGCUUCAUAUUUAGAGGAAGAUGAUUUUUUGAAUAACACUCUGUACAAACCAAUUUCUGAGAUUAGGGAUCUUAUAGAGAAAACGGUUUGUGUGACCAUUGGAGUAGUGAAGGAUUUUUUUCCGAAAAAGUCUUGGUGGUAUAAGAGUUGCAAUGUUUGUCCUUUGGCUAUGAGAGAAGAAAGAGAUAGUUACAAAUGUUUUAGGUGCAAAGCUGAAUCACAGAAUUUUACUCCAAGGUAUUCACUAAAUUUAAAGGUUGCUGAUGAAGAAUCUUAUGCAUCAUUCAUCGUGUAUGAAACUGUUGGUAGUAAGCAUUUAAAUAUUUCUGCUGCAAAGCUGAGGACAAAACAUAUAAUGAUGGGUGGGAAUAGAAUUGAGUUCUCUGAAGAGUUAAGUAAAUUCAAGAGUAAGACGUUCCUUUUCAAAGUUUCUGUGAAGUUGGAGAACAUUAAUUCUUUCCAACCGGUUUCUAUCACAGUCGUGAAGUUGUGUCACGAUGAGACCAUAAUCAGUUCCUUCAAACAGAAGUACAGUAUUGAACAGAUAUUUUAUCUUUAG